CAUCGGAUAGAAGUUGGUGUCGCUAAAUGGAGGAUAGGAUAGGUCACUCGGUCGAUGAUUAACGCGUCGUGAUGGAAACGGAAGAAUUUUGUAAUGUCAAUAUUUCUCCGUUAGUGACACUUCCGUUCGCGACGCAAUGGUCACCCGACAAUCAGAUCUCGAUAAUUACAGAGAAUGGUAUUCACGUGCUCGAACUACAGCCAUCACCUAUGUCACCUAAUCCAAUUUUCAAGUUUACCCGUUCCUUCAUAUAUCCUCCCGACACAUUAUCAGCAUUUAUCGAUAAGAUAGGAUCUUUGGAAUGGAAUCUACAACAUGAAGAGAUUUAUUCAGCUCUUAUGAAUGAUAUUUCAUCGAAAUUAGAUGGUAUACCUGAUAAGCUCCCAAGGAUAGUAAAGGCAGCAUGGUCACCAAAGAAUUUGAUUUUUCGCAAACAAUGUAUAUUAGCGAUAUUAAACUCGACUGGUGCGGUUGAAUUGUUGCAUAAAGUUUCUAAUAAUUGGCAUUCCAUAUGCGACAUUUCAUCCUUCCGAAUGAAAAUUGUAGAAGAUGAAAUCAAAACUAGUUUGAAUGAACAUAAUAAACGUAAUAAACGUUUUCAUGCGAAAUCAAGUAACCAGUAUACAAAUAUAAUUGAAAGCUUUAGAAAAUUGCAGGCCUGCUCCAUAACUUGGAGUGAACUCUACAAAAAAGGAGACACUUCUUUUGCAUAUUUUUCUGUAGCUUAUUGUUAUGGCGAUAUAUUGAUUUGGAAAAUAUCUAGGGUAUCGAACUUCAAAACUAGCUUGCAACCUAUGCUUGUUGGUAGAAUAAAUUUAAAUAAUCCUUUAAAAGUUAAUGUGUUAUGUUGGGUCACUAUUAACGCAAACAAAUAUUUGAUCAUUGUUGGAUAUUGUAAUGGUGAAAUAUAUGGUAUAAACUUGAUAGACAGAAAUAACAAUAAUUUACAAACAGUAUCGGUAACAAAAUAUGUCGAUUCUGAUAAUAUAGCAAUUAAUUAUAUGUACAUAAUUCUUCAAGAUAAAUCAAAUAUAAAGAUUCUUGUUGCCAAGGGUCCUUUUCUUUUGUUACUAUGUAUAAAUCUAAUGGAAGGAUUGAAGAGUAUGCGAUAUCUGCAUAUGCAAUCUAACAUUACAGGUGUAAUUCCCAUUAUUGCUCAGCAAUUUUUGAUCACUAUACGGAACAAUAUUUUUGUAAUUGACAUACAAUCGAACGAUUUAGUUAAUAUUGAUGUUAAAAAUAAUUUAUCACAGACGAAUGUUCAAUAUUUGGGACUCGCUCAUUCGCCAAAUAAAGUGAUAUUUGUAAAUAUAACUAGUCCAAAUACAAUAUAUGAUCAUCUCGUGACAAGGGAACCGAGUAUAAUGCAUGUGUUCGGUUUAAGAGGUGCGGUGUAUGAUCCAUUAUCUAUUAUUAACAAUAGUACAAAUCUUGGGAAUAUUUGGGAUUGUAUGGAAAUGAUUAGACUUAAAGCUACCAAGUCGAAUGAUCUAUCUGCGGUACUUUGCCCAAUUCCGAAGAAGUUGGAGUCAUUGUCGCUGUGUAAACUACAAAUAGCAAUGUGGAUGACAGUAAUAAUGAACGUGUGCACGACAAAGAAACCAAUGCCGAAUAUGGAUCACAUAAGAGAGUCUAAAAUAACACAAACGCUUCCCUUAAUCUUUUUACAUUCCGCUUGUACAUAUCUUGAAAAUUCGAUGAAGAAGACCACGUUGUCGGACGAUCAGACUCUCGCCGUGACUUUGUUAAGACGAUAUCUGGAAAUGUACCAAAGAAAUGUAGAUGAAGAUACAAACAAUACAGAUAACAUUAUACAUCAACGCGUUCGGGCAACAUUAAAUGCGACUGCAUUCUAUCCGAAUCGGAUUGAGAAGUGUACGCUAUGCGACGAAGAAAUAGAUGAGGUGUGGCACGUCCAACCGUGUCCGAGUGGUCACAAGUUAUCGAGAUGUAGCACGACAUUAUUGCAGAUAACACUGUUAGAAUACCGUAUUUGUCCGAUAUGUAGACAAAUAUUUCAUCCAUGUUUAGAAAAUAUGUAUGAAGAACCAGAAUGUUUGUUUUGCGACGUACCUAUUUUACACAACUUGUAUAAUUUUGAUGUACAAGACACAGAACUGUAUGGGAAAAACUUAUCACAACGGCAAGUCAUCGACAUGACGGAAUCAUUGAGAGAUGUGGAAUUAGAUGAAUCGUUUCAUAAAAUAAAACAAAAUAAAUGGAAUACUUCGCAUACGUAUUCUAUAAUUGUGAGUAAUGCUGAUGACGAAUCACCUAGUAUUACGGAGAAAUGGGAGGAAUUUUAAUUGUAAUAUUAAAUAUUAAAUUCCAUAUAUGUAUAUAUGGAAUAUUUAUAUGUGUG